ACCUGCCUUCUGGAGACCAGAACCAUCCAAGGGGAGGAGACCAGAAAGAGGACAUGGCCAAUAAGCACAAGGAAGCAAGGGCUCAGGUGGCAGUGACCUUCGAGGAUGUGGCUGUGCUCUUUACUCGGGAUGAGUGGAGGAAGCUGGAUGCUCUGCAGAGGAGCUUGUACCGGGACGUGAUGCUGGAGAACUAUAGGAACCUGGCUUCCCUGGGAUUCCCGUUUACCAAACCAAGGGUGAUCUCCCUGUUGCAGCAAGGAGAAGAUCCCUGGAAGGGUGAGAAACAAAUCCUUGGAGGCUCCUUUCUUGGAUAUAAAAGCAGUCUUCAAAGGACAAAGACUACUCAAACGAAAGACUUAUCACUUCAGGGGCUAAGGAAGAAGAGACUAAAAAAAGAUGAACCCUGGGAUUUUAUACCAGAAAAACCCUGCAUAUCUGAAGACAGAUUUAAAAAACGGGACAAAAAUGAAAGUUUGCAAAUAAUUUCAAUAACCCAUAUGAAAAUCCUUGCUUUAGAUGAAUGCCAUAACAAUUUUGAAUUUGGCCAAAACUUUAGUUUGAAAUCAGUUGUUGUUAAGACACAAAGGAUUGCUAGAGACAAAAUACCUUUAAAAUAUGAAGUAGAAAGAAAUAGCUUCAAGCAGAAUUCAAAUUCAUUUAACCAACCAAAAAUCAAAAUAGCAGAAAAACGCUAUAAAUGUCGAACAUGUGAAAAAGCUUUUAUUCACAAUUCAUCCCUCCGUAAACAUGAGAAAAACCAUAGUGGAGAAAAAUUAUUUAAGUGUAGAGAAUGUUCAAAAGCCUUUAGCCAAAGUUCAGCUCUUAUUCAACAUCAAAGAACUCAUACUGGAGAGAAGCCCUACAUAUGUAAAGAAUGUGGGAAAGCCUUCAGCCAUAGUGCAUCCCUUUGUAAGCACCUUAGAACCCACACUGUGGAGAAAUCCUAUAGAUGUAAAGAAUGUGGUAAAUCCUUUAGCAGAAGAUCUGGCCUUUUUAUACAUCAAAAAAUCCAUGCUCAAGAAAAUCCCCAUAAAUAUAAUCCAGGCAGGAAGCCAUCCAGUUGUACUACUUCCCUUCCAGGAGGUCAGAGACUUCAUCUCAGAAAAAAAUCCUACUUAUGUAAUGAGUGUGGUAACACUUUUAAGUCCAGCUCAUCUCUUCGUUAUCAUCAGAGAAUUCACACUGGAGAGAAGCCUUUCAAAUGCAGUGAAUGUGGGAGAGCCUUCAGUCAGAGUGCAUCACUCAUUCAACAUGAACGAAUUCACACUGGAGAAAAGCCCUACAGGUGUAAUGAAUGUGGAAAAGGCUUCACUUCUAUCUCACGGCUCAACAGACAUCGAAUAAUUCAUACGGGAGAGAAACUGUAUAAUUGCACUGAAUGUGGCAAAGCCUUAAGUUCCCAUUCAACCCUUAUUAUUCAUGAGAGAAUUCAUACUGGAGAGAAACCAUGUAAAUGUAAGGUAUGUGGGAAAGCCUUCAGACAAAGUUCAGCUCUCAUUCAACAUCAGAGAAUGCAUACUGGUGAAAGGCCCUAUAAGUGUAGUGAUUGUGGGAAAACGUUCAGAUGUAACUCAUCCCUUAGUAAUCAUCAAAGAAUUCACACUGGAGAGAAACCUUAUCAAUGUCUAGAAUGUGGGAUGUCAUUUGGGCAAAGUGCUGCUCUUACUCAACAUCAGAGGAUUCAUACAGGAGAGAAACCCUUUAAAUGUAGUACAUGUGGGAAAACGUUUAGACAAAGCUCCUCACUUAUUGCACAUCAAAGAAUUCAUACUGGAGAAAAGCCCUAUGAAUGUAAUGCAUGUGGGAAACUUUUCAGCCAGAGGUCAUCUCUUACUAAUCAUCAUAAAAUUCAUAUUGACUCAGACUUUUUGAAAGCAGAUUUACAUGUGUGAAAGCCUUAAACCAAAGUUUAUCAGUGAAUAGGUACUUGAGAUUGAUUUACUAAAUGUAAUGAAUAUUAGGAAACUUAAUUUAGUCCUCAUCAGAUAUUAAUUUCCAAGGAUAAACCUUGCGUAUGUAAUAAUUACGGUAAAAAAUUUUAUACCUAUUAGUCACUUUUUACAGCAUCCUAAGACAGACACCUCAUAGAUGCAGAUAUUGCCACUGGCCAUUUAUAAGAUGAAAUAUGGGUUUUUCCUGUCUUUAUCAGCAUUAUAUAGUAUUUGCAUUAUGUAAACUUGAGGAAAGUUGGUGUUCAGGGUUGCUAGAUUUCUCAGAAAACAACUGUAUGAGCUGCUAGCAUAUUUAUUGGAGCUAAUUUAGUAACAAAUGAGUACAUGCAUUUUUAGAGCACAGGACCAAAUAAAAGACAAACAAACUGCAAGCUACCUCAGUGUCUGGAGUUUACCUUUUCCUAACCUAUUGUCAAACUUUUUGCAUGGUUUUCAUUAAAAAGGAGAAAAAAA